GCGGACAACUCGGGUGAGUCGGUCGGCCAGGCGGCGUCAAACAUUCACACGCGCUACGCCGUGGAUUUGUUUUCCAAUCAUAUUCGCUCCCCGGCGGGAAUCAAUGAAGGAAAGACGUCCGUGUCAGAAACUCUCGGUGAAAUCCGCCAUGGAUCCUAGUCCUAGUGUUAAGUGUAAGAUCGUGGUGGUGGGAGACAGCCAGUGCGGAAAGACCGCGCUCCUUCACGUGUUCGCCAAGGACUGUUUCCCCGAGAGUUAUGUCCCCACUGUGUUUGAGAACUACACGGCCAGUUUUGAAAUCGACACACAGAGGAUUGAACUCAGCUUGUGGGACACCUCAGGCUCUCCGUACUACGACAACGUGAGGCCUCUUUCGUAUCCAGAUUCAGAUGCAGUGCUAAUCUGCUUUGACAUCAGUCGCCCCGAAACCCUUGACAGCGUACUGAAGAAGUGGAAGGGAGAGAUACUGGAGUUUUGUCCCAACACUAAGAUACUGUUGGUUGGCUGUAAAUCAGACCUGCGCACUGACCUGAACACGCUAGUGGAGCUCUCGAACCACCGGCAGACACCCGUGUCUUAUGACCAGGGCUCCAACAUGGCCAAGCAGAUCUCAGCGCCGUACAUCGAGUGCUCGGCACAGCAAUCAGAGAACAGUGUGCGGGACAUUUUCCAUGUGGCCACACUGGCCUGCAUCAACAAAAAUGGCAAAAAUGUAAAGCGUAGCAAGACCGCCCGCGCCAGCAAGAGGAUUUCACAUAUGCCCGGCAGGCCCGACCUGGCAGCUGUAGCCUCAGACCUCCGCAAGGAUAAGGCCAGAAGUUGCUCUGUCAUGUGACUGAUCGAACUGAGCGGGAAUAUACUGAUAGAAUUGGGGACUGAGCAUGGAGCAAGCAGGAUUAUAUGGGGAAUGCCUCUUUCCUGCAUGAGAAAGACCCAUUUUGUGUCCGGAAAGGGGGUUUAUAAGCUUCAAUUUAUUUACAAGUUCCUGGAUUACGCUGCAUCAAUAAGUCAAAAUAGCAACCCGCUCAGCACAGACCCCUUCCCCGCUGUCGAGGAAGCUAUCUGUCAGCGUGAUACCUGCUCAGAAAGUGGCUUACUUCCUGCUUCCUGCAGGAGGGCAAAGCAGACGCAGAAAAGCCCACAGGAACUAAGAUGGAGAAGUAAUGUCAUUGGGACACUCAUGAGAACAUGUGACAUUAUGAUGAUGCCAUGGUUGGGUGGGGUUAAAGGAGGUGCUGACGUGGUUGGUUGGCGCUGCUUUCUUUGCUCACAGGGCUUCAGAGUAACACACUGUCACUGUGCUUCAGUUCUGUGUCGAACCAACUGAAGCACAUGACAGCCCUGCACAAUUAAGAUGCUGUUUGUUCCGUCUACAAUAUGUUGUAUAAUGUGAAGUCAUUGGUGUAUAACAGUGUCCCUUUCCCAUGAUCAGUUGUUCUGGAAAUCGCAUGUCUGCAGAAGGGUUGGGUGUUUGAAUAAAUGUUCGGUAACAUGAAGGAUCAAUUAGGUUUAGAUUUAUUUAACAUUCAUUUUAUCCAUUGAUUUUCCUUACCGCUUAUCCUCAUUAGGGUCGCUGGUGUGCUGUGGCCUAUCAAAGCUGACUCUGGGCGAGAGGUGGGUACACCCUGAAAUUUCUAUGUGCCCUGCGUUUGGCUGGCGACCAGUUCAGGGUGUACCCCGCCUCUCGCCCGAGGAUAGCUGGGCUAGGCUCCAAGCACGCCUGCGACCCUAGUGAGGAGAAGCGGUACAGAAAGUGGAUGGAUGGAAGUUCCUUCAGCCUCAGGAUUCUUCUUGAGAAAUGGGCAUGUCAACAUGUGAUAGCAACCUAGUGACAGCUGAAGGCUCCCAAGGUACCAAAGAUGAGGGUGCUCCAGCCUAUAGAGGCCAUCCAUCAUUCCAUCCCCUGUACACCAGUCUGUGGUGUCAGCAGAUAUUGAUUACAAUCGUUGUGUUAGUCCUGCACUAAACUUCCCUCUCUUGCUGUUUACCCCUUUUGUUUUUUGUUCCCCCCCCCCCAUGUUUUGACAGCUAACUGGUUGGAUCUCAAAGAGGCCAACUUGUGAAAUCUAUAGUCUCCAUUGCCUCAAGAAGUAAAAGCUAAUCUAAAAAAAUAUAUAAAAAAUACAAAUGUAGAUUUAACACUGUAAAGCUACAGCAAUAUAUGCAAUUAUUCUCUGACAACCGGCGGUGGUGCAUUUAUUCAUGAAGUGGCCUGUGUAGGGCAUGAAGGAGAGUGAGCGCUAACCAAAUUUGUGAUAAGCAUUAGAAUUUUACCCUAUAAAUCUCAAUCGAAUAUCUUUUUUUUUUUUUUUUUUUUUUUUUUUUUUAAUUACUUACUGUAAUCCAAUUAACAUUGGCAAGGUUCUUUGCUUUCAGUAUCAAUGAGUUAAAUCAAAACAAACCGUCAAUUUAGCAGUCUUUUGUAGGCCACAAUGUCGACUUGCUCUGCCAGUUGAUUAACCCUUCAAUUUCCUAUGUGCUUCUAGCCAAUGGUGUAUUCUAAGAUUAUGUUUAACUAAAUAUCAAGUCAUCCAGGGUCAACUGUACACCUCCAGGAGAGAGCAGCAAGUGCUAAUGUUGCCUUAAUGUACAGCGCUGUUAACAUGUUAGCUUGGUUAUUUAUCAAGGUAACAGAUUUGUUCCUUGUAUCUUUGUUUGCGCCUCAAGACACCCUGCUGCUGCGUCAUCAGGGUCUAGGUUAAAAAAUGUCAAUGUGCUGAGGGCCAGUGUUGGAGCAAAUAAAUGUACCUUUUUUUUCUUUUAAAUUUUUUUUUUUUUUUUUUUUUUUUUACCCACUGGUAAUGACGUGCUCGUAAUGUAACUUUCAAAACGUCCAAGUUAAUGCCAGAGGUCUGAACCAAAUGUUUGAUUUCAUGUUGUCUCCUGCAUGCGUGUAUUUUCAUGUUUUCUCCAGUCCUGAUGUCACCUUGCCGAUAUUG